AUUUCACACACUUCAUGCUGAUCAUUUGGGCCCUUUCAUUCGCUCUAAGAGGGGUAAUAUGUACAUGCUUGUUAUUAUCGACGCUUUUACAAAAUUUAUUAAUAUUCGAGCCGUACGAGAUACAAAAUCGAUUACGGCGAUCAAAGUAUUUAAAGAACAUUUUAGUUAUUUUGGCGUUCCUUCUCGUCUUAUAACGGAUCGUGGUACUUGUUUUACAAGCGCAAAAUUUAAAGAUUUUACAGAUAAAUUAAAAAUAAAGCAUAUUCUAAAUGCAGUGGCUACUCCAAGAGCGAAUGGACAGGUCGAGAGGUUUAAUCGGACCAUAUCAGAUGCCCUAAGUGCAAAAUGUCACGGUGGGAAUGAUAAUAUAUGGGACGAUUACAUCGGAGAGAUUCAGUUAGGCAUUAAUACCACUAGUAAUAAAACAACAGGGAAAAGCCCCUCAGAAUUAUUAUUCGGAUGCAGACUGAUGAAUGCAUCUGAAAAUCUUUUGGCCGACGUAAUUAGUGAAACAACUGAACGAAUCGAGGGUGAGGCAUUAGAUAGGUUGAGGUCAGAUGCUAGAGAGAGAAUAGAGAAGCAACAGGAAUAUGCUAAAAAGCAGUUUGAUAAGCGUAGGACAUGUCAGCGGCAAUAUAAUGUAGGUGAUUUGGUCAGGAUAGAAAGAACCGUAAUAGACAAAGAUCACGUAGGGAAAUCGCACAAGCUCAUCCCUAAAUUUCAAGGUCCUUAUAGGAUUCUUAAGAUAUUACCCAACGACAGAUUUCUCGUUGAAGAUACUCCAUUAACGAGGAGAGGUAACAAGAGGUAUGAGAACGUUGUCGCGUUGGAUAAAAUUCAUCCCUGGAUGAACUUUAAGGGUUUCACUAGUGAUAGCACUGACAGCGAUCAAAGUGAGGGUUCAGAAAUUGAGUUAGAGAAAGAAUAAUAAAUUAUACUGAUGUUUAAAAAAAAAAAAAAAUAUAAUAUAGCUCUGUAAAUAUAUAUGUAUUAUACGAGAAAUAAUGAUUUGAUUAUUUAC